AACAAAAGUGAACGAUGUAGUAAAGCAGGAAUGUUUACAUAAUGGGCUCACACGCUCACAUGCCCAGUGCCCUCACCUUUGCACUUCCCGUCUUUUCGCGCGCUUUCUACCGCCAUAAACUUUUCGCUGUUUGAAGUGUCCGAUUGCAGUCCCCUUUCAAUAAAGUUUAUCACCACCACCACCAGUAGCGGCGAAUACAAAAAAAAAAAAACCUCCAGCCGCGAUAACGGACUUCGACGGAAGGUAGUGAAGUUGUAUAGGUGUUCUGUGGUGAAGUCGCUCGAGGCGCGCCAUUCAGUUGCCAUCGCCCGUCUGAUACGAACGAUGUGUCCGAGCAACGCCACGAACGCGCUGUCGUGCUUCGCCAUCGCCGCAAUGUGCCGUAACCGGGGGAUCGGCUUCAAGAAUGCCCUGCCGUGGAGCCUCAAGAAAGAAAUGGCCCACUUCUCGCGACUCACGAAGGAGGCGACGCAGGGAAAGCAGAACGCCGUCGUCAUGGGCCGCCUCACGUGGGAAUCCCUGCCGCCUAAGUUUCGGCCACUGAGCGACAGGAUAAAUGUUGUGGUGAGCAAGACUCUGACCGAGGUUCCAGAGGGACACCACGUGGCAUCCAGCUUUCCAGAUGCCCUGCAGCUUUUGCGGACGCUUAUCGAUGCUGGGAAGGUGGACAAGGUGUUUGUGGUUGGAGGUGCUCAGCUCUAUCGUGAGCUGCUUGACAGUCCCCACUGUGCCCGUAUAUACCUCACCGAAAUUGACAAUGACUUCGAGUGCGACGUCUUCUUCCCAGAAUUCGACGCCAGCAAGUUCCGGCUGGUCAAAGAGGAUGGCAUCCCUGAGGAACUCCAGCAGGAAGGCGAUGUCACUUACCAUUUUCGAGUCUACGAGCGUGUACAAAAGUGACUGUUCUAUCUCGGCUUUGGAUAGUGAGAAGUGUUUUUGCAUUUAGAGGAAUGGUGCCGUUUAUCAUUUUGUUUUGUGUAUGUGCCAUAUGCAUUGUGCAGUUUCACUUUGUUUUCCAUUCGUGUGGUUAAUUUACCUACUAGAGAAAGUCCUAGUUGCUUUUUUACAUUUCUACAUGCUUACAUACUAUUUGUAAUUUACUAACAAAUAGCUGAAGUGUACAGUAUUGUCAGUGUCCUUCAAUACCUUUCAUCUGGUCAUGACGCUUCCGCGUAAUGUUAUAGGAGAGCUUCAUAUAGCACCUGCAAUGGACACUGUGCUGGUGCAAGUAGAAGGUGGACUGGAGCAGACGCCGAACAGAUGCCACAGGUGGUCUGAGCUUAUGCUCGCCGUUGUUUGAGGGUGAUGGCCUGUAUCAGCAUCUGUAUAUUGUCGAAAGAAUGUGCAAAUCGGCGCCAUAUUUCUGUACAGUGUUCAGAAACUUAAAUGCGAACAAUUUUGAAACAACUACGACGCCUUGUUUCGUUUUCAGCUUCAACUGUGUGGCUUUAUUCAACAGUGGCUUAAUUCAAAAUUCAAAUUGUACACCGGGGCUGAUCCAUUGUUAGAAACCGACUACAGAGCAAGUUCACGUCACGCUUUUAUGUAAUUGCAGGUAAAGAAAACCUGCGUUUCAAGCUAACAAAGCUAACCAACUGAUUAUCAGCAAUUUACUAAAGUUAGUAUUAAUUGUUACUAAAUUGCUAGAUUAUUACUAAGUUAGUUAACAACUAAUUACAAAACUAACCAACUGAUUAACUAACCAAAUAGGUAAUUCCUGAACUAGUUGUCAAACUAACAACCAACUACCCUAAGUUACUAGCUAAUCUAACAAUUAGCUUACUAAACCCAAUAACUAACAAACAGUAACAAAACCAACUCAACCGAUAAACUAACGACAUAAAUGUAACUAAGUCAUACACCAGCUAAACUAAAUAAGGUAACUAGCAAAACUAAUUAACUAAUCAAACUAAAAAGCUAACUGCUUAGCUAGGUUAUCUAACUGAAAUACCAAAAUUAUCCACUAAUAAGCUACCUAACUAUAAUAAGCAAAUAUGAACUUACAAACUAAUCAACUAAUAACUAACACACUGAACUAGCUAACCAAACGUCCCAUUUAUGAGCAGGCCAUCUUCUGCCUGCUUACAUUUUAUUUGCAGUUCAAUUACGCUUGUCUGAAGUGUACAUCCAUCGGUGCUCAAUAAAGUAAGCUGAGCAAAACA